AUCAAAAAAAAAUAAUACAAUGACAGCAUAUGGUCAUAUGCCAGGAGAAGCAAUUGAAUGUUUGUCAAUUGCUGUUGAAUUGCACAAACAAGAAGUUAUUGAUGCUCAUGGACAAGUCACAAUUCGAGUUGGAUUUAAAAUUGGUGGAGGAAUUGAUCAAGAUCCAACAAAAGCGCCAUUCAAAUAUCCGGAUUCUGGAGUUUAUAUCACAAACGUCGAAUCAGGAUCGCCGGCGGAUGUGGCUGGAUUGAGAAAGCAUGAUAAGAUUCUGCAGGUCAAUGGAGCAGAUUUCACAAUGAUGACUCAUGAUCGAGCUGUGAAGUUUAUCAAACAAUCAAAAGUACUUCAUAUGCUUGUUGCAAGAGCCGAUCUUCCUCCUGUCAGUCUUCAUUAACUCAAUCUCAUUUGUUCCGUUCACAUUCAAACUUGCCCUUUUCAAUUAUCUCUCAAACUCAAUUCUGCGCAUAUAUUUUGAUAUUUAUCGGGUUCAAAAAUAAAAAAUUUUA